AUGGCUAAAUAUCCGCCCAAGAUCAUUUUUGGAUCAGGUAAUGUGGGCGACUCGAAGCGUGACCCAGUGGUUCGCUUCGACACUCAGGAACAGCUUAAGGCCGUCUUCGAUGCCUUCUAUGCUCGUGGACAUCGUCAAAUCGACUCGGCUCAGGGUUAUUCGGUACAUGCCCCGGGCAGCUGCGAACCUCGACUGGGUGAAGCCAAGGCUGGCGAUCGAUUCCUGCUGGACACGAAGGUCCUCUCUGAUACGGCCGGAUCUCACAAACGAGAGACUAUCCUCAAGGCUAUCGACGUCUCUCUGGAAAGACUGAAGGUGAAGCAACUGAAUAUCCUCUACCUCCAUCAAAGAGACCGUACGGUACCAUUCGAGGAGACUUGCGAGGCAUUGAACCAGGCAUACACGGAGGGCAAGUUCCGCUACUGGGGCAUCUCCAACCUUUCUGUUGAAGAGGUCACGCAACUCAUUCAGAUUUGCGAUGAGAACAAAUGGGUGCGACCCUCGGUUUACCAGGGCCAUUACAACCCAAUUGUACGCGGCGCUGAGAAGGAUUUGUUCCCCGCGCUCAGGAAAUAUGGCAUGAGCUUUUAUGCUUAUAGUCCCGCUGCUGCUGGUUUCUUCGCUGGUAACCACAAGAACGCUCGACCAGGCGGUCGUUACGAUGCUUCCACUUGGCUAGGCGACUGGUAUGCCCAGAAGUAUAAUCAACCAGGAGUUCAGGCUGCCACAGAGAAGGCGUUGGCCACCGCCACGGCACAUGGUAUUGGGGGACACGACGCCGCUCUGCGAUGGUGUGCACAUCACAGCGCAUUGACCGGCGAGGCGGGUGAUGGGAUCAUCCUUGGGGCGGGCAGCUUGUCUCAACUGGAAACGAACAUGGAUUCCAUCGAAGCAGGACCGCUUCCUCAGGAUGUCGUGGCCGCGCUCGACGAUGUAUACCAGCGGAUUGCGAAGACUGACGUGGAGAUUGUCUAUCAUUGGUAG